UUCCGUAGCCCUCCUAGUGGAAGAAUGGCUGGCUGGAUGUGGCUCCGCUGUGUUUUAGGGCCUCAUUUGCAACGAAUCCACCGUUCAACGGACCCAUCUCGACCUGAAGGCAGAGCUGGGAGGAGGGGAUGGAACUACCAACCAAGGAGUCUGGAGAAACACUCUGACAGCAUCCUCAGCUGGGCUUCAGCACUGUGGUCUCUGUCCUACUACAGCUCUCCUCUCCUGCUCUGCUAUCUGUACAGGAAAGGUAGGCUGUAUGAAUGAUGUCUGGUGGGAAACACAGGGUGACUUUUUACUGCGGUCAUGACAUAUGCCACUUUUCCCUAUUGUUCUUUUUGGUAAAUGGAAUAGGUUUUUGUUUUGGACUGUGGGCCAGACAAAACAAGACACUUCAAGAUGUCACCUUGGGCUUUGAGUAACUGCGACGUGGGAAAUGAUUCACUUUUUUCUGAUGCUUAAAAGAACAAAUUUCAUUAGCUGUGACAACGAGUGGUUGUAGAAAAGUAGACAACCUUUAAAAGGACUGAGUGGUAAUUUCACUCUUAUAAUUUAUGAAUUUCAGUUUGAUUUUGCAUACUUUUGGCACAUUAGGUUAAACUUAUAUAUACUGUAUAAGGCAGGGGUUCCCAAACUUUGCCAUGCCAAGGACCCCCAUAUAGC